AUGUCUUUCGCAGAGUUAUUACGUAGAUCACGUUUAGCCACUUUUGACCCUUCAUUACCACAAGUUUAUACAUCGUAUGGACGUUACAAAACCCGUGGAGAAUGGGGUCUAAAACGUAAUCUUCCACCAUUCUUACGUACCAAUGUUAUAACAGUUGGUGCACUUGAUACAAUAGAACAUCAAACUCCUUAUAAAAGUGCAGAAACAAUGGUAAAAUUCACCAAAUGUUGGAAAGAAAACUUUCCUUUAUCAAAAAUGGUUAAACCUAGAAAAGAAGAACCUAGUGUAAUUAACAUUAGUAAAAUGAGUGAUAAAGAAUUUAAAAGAUUUUUAAAAGAAAAAGUUGAACCAAGAAAAUAUGAAUGGAGAAAAUUAAUUAAAGAAUUUGAUGUAAUUGAUUCUACAAAAAUAGGUGAUAAAGAAUCUAGUUUAACCUCUGUAGAAACGGCUACUAAAACAUAUCCAACUUUUGAUGAAUUUUUGAAUAUUAGUUAUGAAAGACGACCACCUAAUGUUCAAGGAUUAACUUAUUCAUAUAAUAAUCCUGGAACUAAUAUCAAGGUUCAAGGUAGAAUUUUAAAUCGUGAUAAACCAGGUGGAUUUGCUGUAGGAAUUAGUGGAAUAGUUGCAAACUUAGUAUCUCAAAAAGCUACUUUAUUAAAUAGAAUUAAUCGUGAAAGACUUGAAACUUUUUAUGUUGAAAAAGCUGAAUUUGAUGAACAUGGAAAACCAUCCGUUAGAAUUUCUAAAGCUCCAGUUUAUAGUGUACAUGAUGGAUUAGAUAGUUAUUAUGGUGGUAUAGGUUCACGAAAACCAUUUAGACACUUUUUUGAUUCGGCUACUCCUAGAAGGUUGGAUGAUGGUAAAGAUGAAGAAGAGAUUCUUACUAGAAUUAGAAGUUUAUUAUCUGGAAUAUCGGAAAAUAAGGAUAAUGAUGAAAACACUACAGAUCUUGAUAAUGAUAUUGAAUCUACCCAAAUUAAAGAUGAUUCUUAA